AUGAAGACUUCAACGCCCGUGGCCGGAGAGGUGCCGGCCAAGAUCCGCGAGCAGCUCACUGCCGACCCGCAACUCCCGCGUGCGACGCCCACACAGUCGCCAUGGCAGGAGCAGCCGCAUCCUGAGGUCGGCCACAUCCAGUCCGCCUCACUGCCGACCAGGGUCGACUUUGCCGUCAUUGGCUCCGGCGUGGCGGCUCUUGGGGUGACCCGGAGCCUGCUGACCAACGUAGCGUCGGGCACCAGCACCGUCGCCGUUUUCGAGGCCCGCGGCCUGUGCAGCGGCGCCACGGGACGAAAUGGCGGGCAGCUCACGCGGCUCCCGCCGCCACGGCACACGUUCAUGGUCAAGCGGUUUGGCGUCGAGCAGGCCAACAAGGUCAUGCGGCUGACUGUGAAGGGUUUGGACAAGAUGCACCAGCUCGCCGAGGCGCAGGGAGACGAGUUCCUCAAGAAAACGCGCAGGACCCGGCUCGAGAAGUUCUUUGCCUACUACGACGAGGCGUCCUGGAACGAGACCAUCGAGGCCAUCAAGCUGUACGAGCAGGAGAUCCCCGAGGACAAGGGCGUCUAUCGUCAGGUGUCCAAGGAGGAGACGGCCUCGGUCUACGGCCUCAACGGCGCGUACGGCGGGCUCCGGUUCCCGGCGGGCGUCAUUUCGCCCUACCAGCUCGUCACGGGCACCUUCAGUCACCUCUUGAAGCAGCACGGCGGGCGGCUGACGAUCGAGACCAACACGCCCGUCACGGCGGUCUCAUGGGCGCCGGACGCGGGCGAGACGGCGUACCCUUAUAUAAUCCAGACCCCUCGGGGCCCCGUGCGGGCGGGCCAGGUGGUGCACUGCACCAACGGCUACGCCGGCCAUCUGCUGCCGGGCCUCCGGGGCAAGAUGUAUCCUCGCCGGGGCACCAUGUCGGUGCAGCGGCCCGGCCCUUCUUUCCCGCGCAUGAGCGGGAAGCAGUCGUGGUCCUUCUACUUUACGCCCGAGCACGACCGCGUAGUGGGCGACGUCGAGACGGGGCGGUACUACGGCUUCCAGAACGGCGACUCUGGCGACCUCUGGAUCGGCGGGGACCGCGACAGCAUCGACAGCUUCAUCUCGACCGACGACUCGCGCAUCGACCACCACGCCGACAAGAACCUGCGCGGCGUCCUGCCCCGGCUCUUCGGCCGCGAGUGGAUCCAGGCGGCCGGCGACGUCCGGGCCAUCUGGACAGGCGUCAUGUGCUACACGGGCGACCACAUGCCGUUCAUCGGCCGGCUGCCGUCCAGCGCCACAGGCCGCCCCGGCGCCGGCGAGUGGAUCGCGGGAGGCUGGAACACGUACGGCAUGACCAACGGCUUCAUCUGCGGCGAUGCCUUGGGAAAGAUCAUGCUCGGCGAGGACGUGAGCGAGUGGUUCCCCGACAUCUACCGCAUCACCGAGCAGCGCCUGGGGGGCGACAAGUUCAAGCUUGAGGCCGUAUUGCGGGACUACUUUGAGAGGAUAGGUGCACAUGAGUACAUAGAGCCUCGUGCUCAGCUGUGA